GUUUCACGCAGUAAUGGCCUCCUGCCUUUCUGAGCCCCGGGAUACCCCUGUGGCGGCGAUCAACACCGAGGAGAAACUUCUGGAAGAUUUCCAACGUGACUCGCAUCCUGACAAGGUCUGCCUCGCGUGCAGGGAAUACGUAGGCGAGGAUGGUCACCCCAUAGUGAAUCCUCUCAUCCGGAAGAUCAAGCAACAAAUUGCCACUGACCCCACCCUUAUCCCGGAGUAUCCACCUCCACUUGGCAUCCCAGAAUUCAGCAGCAGAGCAUCGCAGCUGGCCUUAGGCCGGGAUAGCCUUGCCAUUUUGGAGAAUAGGGUUUUAGUUGUACAGACGGUGGGCAGCUCCGGAGCUGUGCGUCUGGGAGCAGAGCUGCUAAAGCGUUACUUCUGCGUCAGCUCUUCCUGGGCCGGCGACGUUCUGCUGUCUUCUCCGUGUGAUGAGUCAUUACCUGGUAUCUUUAAGGCAGCAGGCAUUGAGGCGGUGAAACGAUACCGCUACUGGGACAGCGGGGGUCGCAAAGUGUGUGUGGAAGAAAUGUUAGAGGACCUGGAGAAAGCUCCGGAACAAAGCACGGUGGUCCUUUCCGCCUCAGGACACAGUCCCACCGGAGCCGAUCUCUCACAGGACGAAUGGAAACGUGUGGCUGAAAUCCUGGUGAAACGUCGGCUUCUGCCUUUCUUCUUGCUGCCAGCUCAGGGUUUGUGCAGCAGGGACAUCGAUCAGGACUCCUGGGCACUGAGAUAUUGUGUAUCUUUGGGGAUGGAAUUACUGUGCGCUCAGUCUUUCUCCCACAACUUCAGCCUGUAUGGAGAGAGAGUGGCUCACCUACUGUGUGUUGUGAAGGAGAACGCCACUCUGCUGGCUGUCCAGUUCCAGGCAGAGAAGAUCGUCCAAACGCUCUGGUCCCGCCCACCAGUGGAAGGUGCCAGAGUGGUAACAACGGUGCUCAGCAAUCCUGCGCAUAUGGUGGAAUGGCAGGAAGGGCUAAAACGUACAGUGGAGAGAUGCAUGCUGAUAAAGGAGCGUCUCCGAGAGAAGCUGCGUCUGUUAGGAAGCCCAGGCACAUGGGAGCACUUGAUUAAGUCGGCAGGACUCUACUGUUGUAUUGGACUCUCUGUUCAGCAGGUGGAAUUUCUGGUGAAGCAGAGGCAUGUGUAUCUGCUCCCGGGUGGCUGCUUCAACGUGAGUGCCAUCAACAGCAAUAACCUCGACUACGUUGCAGAAUCUCUUCAUCUAAUUUUGACCACUUGACUCUGACCUUGGCUGACAUCAUACAGCUUAGACAGUUAUGUCUGAAAUGGAUGUUGUGCUUCUGUGCUGCUUAAUCAUAUAGUUAUGUCUUUGAGAAUUUAAUAUAAAUAAAUAAAUAAAUAAAUAGGCCACGGAUUUUGCAUACAACAUAACUCAGUUUAUAGCUAUAUGUAAUGUUGUGGAACGUCUGCAAAACAAGUUAGUUAUGGCUUAAUCUUGAAGUUAAUACGACAAAAAAAGCACAAUUUGUCAUGUUGCUGAGAAAACAGAAAGUAUAAUAUCCUGAAGACUCUCCCAUGGUGGGAAAACAUACCGAAUGUUAUAAAGCACUGACACUGGAGACUCCUUCAAUGAAUGUUAAAUAAACAUCUCCUGACCA